CCUUUCACUUGUCCUCCAAUACUCGGGUUUCUCUGUCUAUUUUGUGUCUUCCUCUGACUCGCGCUUUCUUUUUUGUCUUUCGCUGUUUCUUUUUCUCAUGUUUUCUCAUCUCUUCAUCAUCAUCAUAAACCAUUUCUAACGGACCUUUUAAUGCAUUGGAUUGUCUUUUUUUUGUGAUAAGAAAAAAGUCUUAAUUGUUUUGAUUUGAAAGAAAAAGUUAAAUUUGUUAUAAUGUACACUGGGCAUCAAAGGAAUUUAGGAAUCAAUCGUCAAGGAAAUGGUUCUGGUACCAAUCACAAUCAUCAUCAAUCAGGAAACGGGAAGAAUAGAUCGAUUGGCAAUAAUGGAGGCUGUGGAAAUAACAAUUCGAGAUUUUCUGGAAAUCCCAAGCUAAAUACCAAUACAAGUAAUAAUAAUCCUUCUGGAAGUAACAGUAGUGGCAAUAGUAGCAUUAGUAGCAAUACAAGCAGCAACAGUGGCGUCAACCAAUCACCGACUCCAUCGGUGUCAGGCCCAAGUGUAAAAAGUAAAGGUCAUUCAGACUCUAAUUGGAAUCAAUAUUGUCAAGAAUGGAAUCAAUAUAUCUUCAAAGGUCGUCAACACGGAAGAGAUGCCAACAGCCAUAACUCUACUCCUCAUAACCCAAAUAAUAGUAAUACGGGUCCAACUGAAGGUGCGAACAUUAGUCAAAACCCAGGGAUUCGAUUGACCUCUGGUCCAGAUAAGCGGAAUGUUCCAAUCAGUCCAAAUGUCCAAGGACCGGUUAAAGCAGAAGUUACUGGAGUAACUCUAAAAGAAAACUACCAAACAGUGGAAGGAGAAAAAAAAUUAAAUCCAGUCAAUGACUGUGAUCAAACUGCCAUGGUUAAACCAUACAUCUCUUACUCAAAUUCUAACCGAUACAAUUCGCGCGGUAAUUGGAGCAACCGUGGUGGUCGAGGCGGAGGAAAAGGCCGAGGCUUCAACAAUACUAAUCGAGGUGGAAUUGUUAAUCGUAGUUUAAUACAAUAUCCUCCCAGUGGAUAUUAUACUGCUCCUAUGCCAACUGGUCCAGGAUUAGGUGUACCUGUCGAUACUUUUGGUGGUUAUAAUUUCAUUUCUGUCGCCGCAACUCCCUUCCAAUAUGCUCCAUAUGUUUGCUGUGAACCUGAGUGUCAAUUAUGUCCUCCUGCUCAACCUUGUUAUUCCACACCCAAUGGACUAAUACCUCAGUAUUAUUCUCUACCUGCUGCCUUUCAAUACGUUCCUGUAUCAAUCGGUGGCCCCGAUGGUCUACAGCCAGGCGAAGUAGCACCAGCAUCUGGGCCUCCAUUGCCUCCAACAAUUGAAUCAAAUUUUGAAUUUGUUAAUUAAAAAAAUUACUAUUUUCUAAAAAAUCUCUUUUUGUUAAAAACUCUCAAGUUGAAUCUUUUUUAAUCUACCAUUAAAAAGAGUGAGAAAUCCUUUUUUUCAUAUAAACCAAAA